AUGUAUGAAGGAAAAAAAAUUCGAAUAGGAACAUUAAAUAUAUUUAAUAAUAUUUAUUAUUCCAUUAAAGAAAAGCUUUUAAAUUUUGGUUCUGAAUAUAUUCAUAAUAUACCUCGUAAAAAUUUGUUAUUUAUGCAUUUAUUUACUAAUUCUUUUGAUAUCAUUUGCUUGCAAGAAGUAGAUUUAUUCAUGAUAAAUGAAUUAAAAAAAAAAUGUUUAAAAUAUGAUUUCAAUAUACAUAUAUCAUCAGAGAAUAUAAAAACAUCAAAAAAUAACAAUUGUAUAAUUUAUAAAAAAAAUUAUAAAUUACUGGAUGAAAAAAUUUUUGAUUUAAAUAGUUCUGUAUCAAAAUAUUUUAUGAAUUAUUCUUCUGAAAGUAGAUGCGAAAUCCAAGAUGCUUUUAUAAGAGAAUUGAAAAAUAGGCAAAGUAUUGCUAAUAUGGUUCUUCUAGAACUUUCAGAUAGGAAAACGCUUUUGGGUAUUUGUAAUUGUCACAUUUAUUGGAAUCCAUUGUAUCCUGAUAUAAAAUUGUAUCAUACAUAUUUAAUAAUAAAAGAAUUCUAUCAAUUUAUUCAAAAAAAGUUUAACGAUUUUCCUUUUAUUCCUUUAAUAUUAAUAGGAGAUUUUAACUCUACACCUUUUAUAAAAAAAGAAAAUGAUAAUUCACAUUUAAGAAAUUUUAGUGGUGUAUACGAGUUGAUAACAAUGGGGAGGAUAUCAAAAACUCAUAUAGAACAUCCAGCACAAUUAAGAAAAGAUAAAGUCUUCUGCAUACUUCCUGAAUUAACUGUUGAACCUUUUAAAAGUUCAUUUAAAGAAAUAAAUGGCAAUGAACCAAUAUUUACUAAUAAAACUUCCAGUUUUAGUGGAUGCAUUGAUUUUAUUUUCUACAAAGAACUUAUUCCACUAUCAGCAAAAACAAUACCUAGUAACUUGAAUGAUAUAAAAAUGCUACCAAACGAGCACUUUCCAUCAGAUCAUGUUCUUUUGGUGUCUGAAUUUUUUGUUGUUUAA